CUUCUGAUUACUAGCCCGACUCCCUCACCGCUCAGCCAUCUGACUCCCAAUCUCUUCUUCCUGUCACUGUCACCAUUGAACAGUCGAACCACACUUUUCUUGACCUCCUUUCUGUGCAGGGAGCGACCGGACCCAGUAGUCAUCAACACGACCAUGUACUCAGAGUGGAGGUCCCUGCACCUGGUUGUGCAAAGCGACCAAGGUCACCUGAGUGUCCUGCACAGUUACCCCCCGGCAGUGGGACGCGAUGUGGCCAAUGCUGUGGUCAAGCCCCUGGGGGUCACCCUGGGAAUCCCCUCCACAGACAGUCUGCUCAAGACCGACAAAGAGGUGAAGUGGACGAUGGAGGUCCUGUGUUAUGGGCUGACCCUGCCUCUGGACGGGGACACGGUCAAGCUGUGCGUGGACGUGUACACAGACUGGAUCAUGGCCCUCGUCUCUCCGCGGGACUCCAUCCCCCAGCCCAUCGUCAAGGAGCCCAACCUCUAUGUCCAGACCAUCCUCAAACACCUCCACAACCUCUUCCUGCCCAGGCCGGAGCACUACAGCCCCAUGCACUUCCGGCUGUGCCAGCAGGUGCUGACGGCGGUGCAGAAGCUGGCCCGGGAGUCCGGCUGCAUGGCCCGAGACACCUGGGAGGUGCUGCUGCUCUUCCUGCUGCGCAUUAACGACACGCUGCUGGCCCCGCCCACCGUGGGAGGCGGGACGGCAGAGAAGCUGGCCGAGAAGCUGAUCAGCGUGCUGUUCGAGGUGUGGUUCCUCGCCUGCACGCGCUGCUUCCCCACGCCGCCCUACUGGAAGACGGCCAGGGAGAUGCUGGCCAACUGGAGGCACCACCCGCCCGUGGUGGAGCAGUGGAGCAAGGUCAUCGCUGCCCUCACCUCCAGGCUGUUGCGGUUCACCUUCGGCCCGUCCUUCCCGCCGUUCAAGGUUCCCGAGGAGGACGCCGCUCUGAUCCCGGCAGAGAUGGACAACGACUGCGUGGCCCAGACCUGGUUCCGUUUCCUCCACAUGCUCAGUAACCCGGUGGACCUGAGCAACCCUGUGAUCGUCAGCUCCACCCCCAAGUUCCAGGAGCAGCUCCUGGGCGUGAGCAGCGUUCCCCAGGAGAUCAUCCAGCACCCCUGUCUCAAGCAGCUGCCCCAGAUCUUCUUCAAGGCCAUGAGGGGGGUCAGCUGCCUGGUCGACGCCUUCCUGGGUAUUUCCCGGCCCCGGUCGGACAGUGCCCCCCCCACCCCAGUCAACAGACUGAGCAUGCCGCCUCCGCCGACGACCACCAACACCACGCCGCCUCACAACCGCAGACACAAGCCCACGGGCGUCAUCAAGACAACCAGCAAAGCCUCCACCGCCAGCACGGCGCACCAGUCCAAAGUAGCCCACCAGGCAUCGUCCUCCUCCCCUCUGUCCAGCCCCAACCAGACCAGCUUCGAGCCCCGCCCGCUGCCCGCCCCCUCCAGGCCAAAGGUCAACAGCGUUCUCAACCUGUUUGGCCAAUGGCUGUUUGACGCUGCCCUGGUGCACUGCAAGCUGCACACAGGUCUCAGUAGAGACAGCAGUAUGACUGCCCUGGCCACCCAGGCGGGGGUGGAGCUGAGGAGGAAGGCCUCCCAGAUGUCCACGGACACCGUGGUGUCCAAUCCCAUGUUCGACGCCAACGAGUUCCCCGACAACUACGAGUCCGGCCGGGCGGAAGCCUGUGGGACCCUGUGUCGGAUCUUCUGCAGCAAGAAGACUGGAGAGGACAUCCUGCCUGUCUACCUGUCCAGGUUCUACAUGGUUCUGGUCCAGGGCCUCCAGAUCUCCGACUUCAUCUGCAGACCAGUCCUGGCCAGCAUCAUCCUCAACUCCACGGCCCUGUUCUGCUCCGACCUGAAGGGCAUCAACGUGGUGGUCCCUUACUUCAUAUCUGCCCUGGAGAUCAUCCUCCCUGACCGGGAACUGUCCAAGUUUAAAAGCUACGUGAAUCCCACGGAGUUGAGGCGAGCCUCGAUCAACAUCUUGCUGUCCAUGCUUCCCCUACCACACCACUUUGGCAACCUCAAAUCUGAGGUUCUCUUGGAAGGCAAGUUCAGCAACGAUGACAACUCUCUUCAGGAAAAGUCUGUCUCCUUCCUGUCUCUGAAACUGCGCCUGGUCAACAUCCUGAUCGGAGCCUUGCAGACUGAGACAGACCCCACCAACACUCAGAUGAUCCUAGGUGCGAUGCUGAACAUCGUCCAGGACUCGGCUCUCCUGGAGUCUAUCGGCGCUCAAGCUGAAGUGGCCAGUAUGGAGAGCGGCCACUCUCUGUCCAAGAGCCACAGCAGGAACAACAGCGGCAUCAGCAACGCCAGCGGAGCCAGCUCGGAGGCCACCACCCCGGACAGCGAGAGGCCGGCCCAGGCUCUCCUCCGAGACUACGACACAGCUGCUGGCCUGCUGAUCCGCAGCAUCCACCUGGUCACCCAGAGACUCAACUCCCAGUGGAGGCCUGACAUGAGCAUCUCCCUGGCUGCCCUGGAGCUGCUGGCUGGCCUGGCCAAGGUGCGCGCCAGCGCCGAGUCGUCGGACCGCAAGCGCGCCGUCAGCUCCGUGUGCGGCUACAUCGUGCACCAGUGCAGCCGGCCGGCGCCGCUCCACUCCCGGGACCUGCACUCCAUGAUCCUGGCUGCCUUCCAGUGCCUGUGCGUGUGGCUCACGGAGCACCCCGACAUGCUCGACCAGAAGGACUGCCUGAUCGAGGUGCUGGAGAUCGUGGAGCUGGGCAUCUCGGGCAGCAAGUCCAGGACGGGGGACCAGGAGGUGAGGCACAAGGGCGACAAGGAGCACAGCCCGGCCUCCAUGAGGGUGAAGGACGCCGCCGAGGCCACGUUGUCAUGUAUAAUGCAGGUCCUGGGGGCGUUCCCGUCGCCCAGCGGCCCCGCCUCCCCCUGCAGCCUGCUCAACGAGGACACGCUGAUUCGCUACUCCAGACUGACGUCCACCAGCCACAGGAACUUCCGCUACUUUGUCCUGGACAACUCGGUGAUCCUGGCCAUGCUGGAGCAGCCACUGGGCAACGAGCAGAAUCCCUCCCCGUCCAUCACCAUGCUGAUAAGAGGCAUGUCAGGCAGGCAUGCCUGGACCAUGCAGCUCUUCCAUCAGCCCAGGGGGGCUCGCGCCAGCCAGAAGGUGUUUGUCCCCGAGGGCCGGCCCGCGCCCAGGAACGACGUGGGGGUCCGCUUCAACGUCAAACACCGGCCCUUCCCAGAGGAGGUGGACAAGAUCCCCUUCGUCAAGGCCGACCUCAGCGUCCCCGACCUGCACGACAUCGUGGACAAGGAGCUGGAGCUGCAGCAUGAGAAGCUGCGCGGGGUGAUGGGGAAGCAGAUGGAGUACGAGACCACCCUGGAGCGCUACAGCGACGAGCUGUGGGGCAGGAAGGGCUUCCCGGACCCCCGCACGGACUGCAGGCCCCCGCCGCCCUCCCAGGACUUCCAGACGGCCCGCCUCUUCCUCUCCCACUUUGGCUUCCUGUCCCUGGAGGCCCUCAAGGAGCCUGGGAACAGCCGCCUGCCCCCCCACCUCAUCGCUCUGGACUCUGGCGUGCCGGGCUUCUUUGAGGACAUGAGCUACCUGGAUCUGCUGCCGUGCCGACCCUGCGACACGGUCUUCAUCUUCUACAUGAGGGCCGGCCAGAAGAGCAGCCAGGAGAUUCUCAGGAACGUGGAGAGCUCCUCCAGUGUCCAGCCUCACUUCCUGGAGUUCCUGCUGUCUCUGGGCUGGCCUGUGGAGGUGGGCCAGCACCCUGGCUGGACGGGCAGCGUCUACACCAGCUGGUCCAUCAACAACAACAACACCACCAAUGGGACCGGGCCUGAGUCCAGUCCUCCAGAUGACGCCUUCCCCCUGGGAGACACCGGAGGGGGCGUGUUCGACGGCGAGCGCCGGGUGCUGUACUACGCCGACGCCCUGACCGAGAUCGCCUUUGUGGUUCCGUCUCCCACAGACUCCUCCGCCGAAUCCUCCGAGAACAGCUUCCCGUCCGCCGACUCCGACUCCCAGAUGGACCUGCUCCCCAGCGUGCUCAAACAGUCCAGCCUCACCCUGGAGCUCUUCCCCAGCCACUCGGACAGCGUGGCCCCCGCCCAGAGGAGUCCCACGGCCAAGUGUAAGAAGAUGCCCCCAGGCAGGACCAUCCCCCCCAUGGGCCCCGAGACCAAGGUGCUGGUGGUCUGGGUGGAGCGCUUCGACGACAUCGAGAACUUCCCCCUGGCAGAGCUGCUGGUGGAGACCAGCACGGGCGUGGACAACAACCUGAGCAGCAGCAGCAGCAGCACGUCCACCAGGGCGGCGUCCUCCGAGAAGGACGUCCAGGUGAUCUUCAUCCACCCGCUCCGGACGGGCCUGUUCCGCAUCCGCCUCCACGGAGCCACGGGCAAGUUCAGCAUGGUGGUCCCCCUGGUGGACGGCAUGGUGGUCAGCAGGAGGUCCCUGGGGUUCCUGGUCAGGCAGACGGUCAUUAACGCCUGCCGGAGGAAGAGGCUGGAGAGCGACUCCUACAACCCGCCUCACGUCCGCAGAAAACAGAAGAUCGCCGAGGUCGUCAACCGUUACCGGAACAAGCAGCUGGAGCCCGAGUUCUACACGUCCCUGUUCCAGGAGGUCGGAGAGACCAGCCUGAACCCGUGACCCCAGAGACUUUCCACCCCCGCCCCCAGUGCCGAGAAAGACUGACGCAAAGGACUGCAAAGACUAUAUAUUUAUAAACUUUUUCCCCUCAAUUUUUUUUUGUUUCGGUGUUAUUUAUAAUAGCACUUGUCGACCAUGUCGUUGCAAAGUGGGUAGAAGUGACACUUUUGCAAAGAGGUUGGAAGUGGUUCGAAGUACACCGCACACUCGCAUCACUGUCAUGGUCGCCAUCUCCAGCGGAAGGGGUCGGUGAGGACAGGGGAGAUGAGCAGGCCCCAAUAACCCCCAUGCAGGGACGCCGCAGUUCUUGCUGUUCCUCAGCAUCUCCAGAAGGUUCCACGGCUGGGACUCGUCCCCCACGGCCGCUCCGCUGUAGGCUCCAGACUCUCGCCUGCUUCUGCGUGGACCGCCUCACUGUCCGUCCCCCCUCACUGUCGGUCCCCCCUCACUGUCGGUCCCCCCUCACUGUCGGUCCCCCCUCACUGUCGGUCCCCUCUCACUGUCGGUCCCCCCUCACUGUCGAUCCCCCCUCACUGUCGAUCCCCCCUCACUGUCGGCCCCCCCUCACUGUCGGUCCCCCCUCACCAUCUUCUCAGAGCUGGCCGUUCCAGGUCCACACCAGCGCACCGUGUAGCAUGCGUGGUUCAUACUUGCCUUUAACUUCAAUGCCAUGCUCGUGUGGGUACUGGGAUGUGGGGCUAUUUGGGGGGGGGGGGGGGGGGGGGGGUUGUUUUAGUUUUGUUUUUUUGGGAACAGAACUUGCCAAGCUGGAAAAGCAACACUACAGACAUAGUUAUUACUGUUAACAGAAGUGUCAUAUCAUUUCGAACCAUGUAAUAGUCCUUUUUGUUCAUCCGGUUUUGUGAAAUCCCCCCCAUCGAAGGUUUCCUUUCAAACGAACAAGCUCGCAUGCCAGUUUGUGAAAGGCGUGGCGAGUGUGCUUCUCAUCGAGACCUCAGGUCGUCUGGCAGUACUUUGUUUCGUUUGUCCUUUUGCAUGUACUCGCUGCACUCCAACCACCUGACCUCAGUCGAAGGCCUUCUUCUUCUUCUUUUGCUCGUCUGCUUUCUUGCACUGUUGAAACGUGGCAUUUCAGAGUUGCCUAACAGGUAACCGGUCCUGGGUUCCAUGUCCCUAGCCUUGCAUGUUCACUCUUUUCAAGCGGUUCCCUAAGCUACGAGGGAGACAUGUGACUGUGGCCUCAGUUCGUCCUGAGAACAGUCGCUGUAAGGCGUGGAAACGCAUCGCUUCAGCCUCAUACCAAAUUCUGAUUUGUACUAACAGCUUUGACUCGUCUUACCACCUGGCUGUGUCUUUGUGUGCUUUAUUCCAGACGACUACAACUACUAUAUUGCUGCCAAGGGCUGAGCAUAGGAGGAUCUGUUAAGGAUGCUGCCACUCCACACAUACACGUGCUUAUUAUACCUGUAAAUGUUGCCGAAUCUUAAGACACUGAUGAUUUUAUAUUCAUGUAUUUUAUAUGAGAAAUAAUGCUGAAAUAUCUUUUGCAUGAUAUUUACCGUUGUGUAUAUUCACCCGAGCGUUUUUUGUUUUUUUUUCAAAUAAGAUGCAUCACUGAUUCUUUCUUAAUUUUUGGUCUGAUUUUUUCUUCUCACUUUUUGAUUGUUACUUUUCUUUUGAUACAGUAUUUUCAUUAGCGACUGUUAAAGGAUGAAUCCACACUGACUUACAAAAAAACCCAUUACUGUACCUGGAGGAGCUAACGAAUGCAGUUACCAUAAUGUAGAAACUGCUUUUGGGCAGGAGGUGAAUCUCAUGUUUUUAUGAGGUCGAAUAAGAAAUAACUCACUUUUAUAAACACAGUUGCAUUUCAAUAGUGGCAUGUACACUGGUGUCCGUUUGCUAGUUUUGGGGGGG